UUUUCUGCUUUUUUUUAAUUGUUUAUGUUUCUCUUGAUUAGUUAAUUGUUUACAGUUUGUAUCCUUUUUAAUUUCGAUUGGAAUGUUUUCUUUAAAUCAAUUGGUAAAAAUUGGAAAUGGAAGCUUCCGUUUAUCGAGAAAUAUUUCCCCUUCUCAUGUGUUUGAUUGGAGAAAUAGUUUGAGAUUAAUUUGUUCAUCUGGUGUUGUUAAAUGUUCAUCUUCAUCAAUUUCAUCUUCUUCUAAUCAAUUAAUUGAUUCAAAUACGAAAAGGGAUAAAGAAACUCUGUUUAUGGAUAAAAAUAUUCAAACCAUUUUAAGGAAAAUCACAGGUUACAAUGAAGACAGAGUUUUCUCAAACAAACCAGUCUCUGGUUAUAAGCCACCGAAAUAUUUGUUUCUCACUGAUGAAGAAUUAGAAAUGACUCGUGAAAGAGCUCGUAAAGAAGGAGGGAAGAAUUUACAAAUGCCACCGGUGAUGGAACCAUGGGAGGAAAAGGAUUACAUUUUAGCUGAUGAACCAGAAUUUAAAAAUUUCGAUAUUCAUAAUUUAGUGAUUACUGAUUUAUCCCAAGGUUUUAGUGAUAGAAAUCGUUUGAUUGCCGUUAGAGAGCCAAAUGGUCUUCUAAGGAGAGCUCGUUGGGAAGAGAGAUACAGAGUUAAUCAAAUUUAUUUCCCUGUUUCCGGAAGAGGAGUUACUGUCCCAAAGAUGUUCGAGUUUGAAAAUUUAGUACCCAUUUUAGAUCGCCAUGAUUACCUUUUUGUCUUGGAUCGAGCUUGUAUCCAAUUUGAACCAGAUGAUCCGAGAUACAUUGAGAUUAUUUGUAAAACCUACGAUCACAUUGCCGCUAAUGAUAAAUUUGACCUUUUACGAAGUACAAGACACUUUGGGCCGAUGGCCUUUUAUUUAGCUUGGGAAGGAAAAAUUGAUUCACUAUUACAAGAUAUGAUUAAGCGACAAAUGAUUGAAGAUGCUGCUCAUUUAGUUAACCUUUACUAUUUAGUUAAUCCAUCAGAGAAACGUCAAAAAAUUGACUUACCUUCAAAUGAUCAUCUUUCAACAAUUAAGAAUUACCUUAAAAGUGAAUGCAAGGAAAGGUACAAAGUCGAAGCUUGUCUUCGAGUAUACGAAGAGAUCAUAGCGGCCAAAGAAGAUGAACCAAGAUUAUCAAGUCAUGGAUGAACAUAUUAUCUAAAUUGAUUAACAAUCUAAUUAGUUAAUGUAAACAAAAUUGUCACUUUUACAUUAUGUACCAUUUGUAACUAAACAUUUAGUAGAAAUACUUAUCAAAGAUCAACAUUAGAAAUAAAAAAAAAGUUCCAUAAGUUAA